CAUCCUAAAAUGCUGCUCUGCGUGUGUAGCAUGUUGGCAGCUAGUAGCUAGUCUGUCCUGUCCUAGCAGAGCCGGUGUGACAGGGGAAGCAGUGCUCAGGACGACAAGUAGCGGGAACUGAAGAGCCGAGAACGUUUGCUACGCAACACGGGAGCUUUUAUUACUAUCUACAAUGGAUGAUGUGGAGAUUACAGACGUCAAUGACGAAGACUCGCCGUUUAUGGUGGAGAAGACGUCUCUAAAGAACCAGGACCUGAGCUCCAUCAGCCUCUCUGUAGGAGAGAUUCUGUCCCAGUAUGGAUGGUACGUGUUGCUUGUGACUGUUCUGGUGUACCUGCUCAUCCAGCACCUGAGCAAGAGGAGAUCCAGCCAGAGCUCCCGCAGUUCACCCCCACAAACACCGCAAGAUUCUGUGUUAGUGGCCAGAAGACAAGAAGCCAUGGAAGCAGCUCGGAUAAAGAUGCAAGAGGAGCUUGAUGCCAAAGCUGACAUCUUCAGAGAGAAACAGAAACAGCAAGAAGAAGAGAAGAGGAGGCAGAAAAUCGAGAUAUGGGACAGUAUGCAACAGGGAAAGAGUUACAAAGGAGCUGCAAAACCUUCUCAGACCACUGAAGAGGCCAGCUCAUCAUCAACAGGGUCCAAACCAAAGCCGGACAAGAAGCCACUUCGCAGUGCAGACUACAAUCCCCUGAAUGGACAGGGAGGAGGCACCUGCUCCUUUAGACCCGGCAGGAGAGGACCGUCAAGUGGUGGAUGAGGUUAAAGAAGGUCAGAGACAUUGGUCCGCAUGACCUUUGACCUCUGACAUCCUGAUGUGCACACUGACUGACUGAAACAAGCUGACAAUAUCACCAAGCACACACUUUAUUAAGAUUUUUUUUACUUGCUCCAUACUUCCAGUGGGUGUUGAUCAGUUAGCAUCAUUAAUAACAUAUACCUGCUUUGAUUUGUUAUUUACUCUCUAAUCUCUGCCUUGUUAAGCAUCAAUAUAAGAUAUUGUGAUUAUCAUGAAUCAUGCUGUCAAACAGCAAAGGGAUAAAUGCAUUUUGGAAUUGAAAGCUUGUAAUGACGCCAUGCCUGUAAGCGGUAUGUAACCAGUAGGUUUGGCUGAUGAAUUUCACAGUCAGUGUGUUUUUUUCUCCUAUAUUUUAAUGUGUACUGCUAUAGAGUUGAUAUUACUACAGCAGCUGUAGCUGGUGGUCUUCUGGGUAAUUACAAGAAAUAGCACAUUGUGAUAAAAUAGUUAACAUUUUGAUCUACCAGAAUGUAAGGAGGGUAUGUCUAUACUGUUGCGCAACAUUUUUAUGAAAUAAAGAUAUGGUCACUGGGUA